AUGGAGGAACCUCCUGUAAUAGAGCCACCAACAUCAGCAAAGGUGAUCAUCACAACAACACAUGGAGAACUCGAGGUGGAAUUAUGGACCAGAGAGGCUCCAAUCACAUGAAGAAACUUUAUCCAAAAAUGAGCAGAAGGAUACUACAACAGCUGUAUUUUCCACAGAAUUAUCAAGGAUUUCAUGAUUCAGACUGGCGAUCCGACUGGAACUGGAAAAGGUGGUGAGUCGAUCUUUAAACAUCCAUUUAAGGAUGAAUUUCAUAAGAGUCUCCGCUUCUCUCACAGAGGAAGAGUUGCCAUGGCUAAUACUGGAAAGCCUGAUGACAAUGGUAGCCAAUUCUUUAUCACAUUGAAUGAAUGAGGCUGGUUGGAUGAAAAACACACAAUUUUUGGGAAAAUCACUGGAAAUACCAUAUACAAUGCCAUUGCUUUGGGAAAUUUAGAGACUGGUGAGCACGAUCGGCCACUUGAUCCCGCUCCAAAGAUUCUCAGCACAGAAAUAACCGUGAAUCCGUUCAAGGAUAUAAAAAUAGCAAAACCUGUGCCAAAGGAGGCAUCCAAAGAGGCUCCAAAAGAGCCCAAAAAGGGUGCAAAAAUAAGCCUCAAUAAGGGAAUCAAGAAUAAGAACCUAGUCUCAUUCGAUGAUGACGAAGAAGAAGUGGUCUUUAAGUCCUCUCGAAAAGUCAAGAGUUCUCACGAAGUCCUGAACGAUCCCAAACUCAGCAAGAAAAAUGUCAUUGAUCCUGAGAAGCUUAAACAGGAAAGAGCCAAGCGUGAGAAAAUGGAGAAAAGGAAGGAAGAAUUUAAGAAGAAAAGAGAAGCCAAAAAGCAUUCCAAAGAUGAUGAUGACGAUGAUAUCCUCUUAAUCUUCAAGAACAAGAGAAAAAGACUUGAAAAACUUAAGAAUAAUGAUCCCACCAAGAAAAAGAAAACAAAGGAACACAAUAGCUCAAGCUCAAGCAGCGGGAGUGAUUCAGAAAGUGCCAGUGAUUCUAAAAACAGCCAAGGGAAAUCGAAUAGUAAUGCUCUUCACUUUCGGAAAGAUAAGAUUGGAUCUAAUCUCAACCCAAAAGCAGGAGAUAAUUCAAAUCUAACUCCUCUCGAACUGCAGCGUAUCAAAUAUCUUAAGAAUAAGAAAAUUAUCAAAAAUAGAGAAGAGAGCACACUAGCAAAGCUAGCUAAAUUUACGAAUAAACUUAAAAGCCAGGAUACGAAGGAAGACCCAGAGAAUUGGAUGAAUCACAAAUUAAAAUGCUCAAUUGAUUCUGCUAGGGCAUAUGAUACCACGAACAAGAAUAAAUAAGCAAAUUUGAGUUUAAACUUCAAUUCUUGAUAU